AUGGCAGAGCUGUACGGCUUCCUAGGGAGACGCCCGCUGCGGCGGUCGGCGCAGGCCGCGUGCCCGAUGCAGCCGUUCGCGCUGGACUUCCACAGCGACCGCUUCGAGGAGGUCAUCGGCAAGGUCAAGUCGCAGGAAUGGGACCCGCGGGGCUGCGGGUGGGUCGAGGUCAACACGGGAGGGCGCCCCACGCUGCCGUUCGCCGUUCGAUAUAACUCGUGCUAUCAGGGCGGCAAGCUGCUCGCAGUGUCAGACGAAGAGGGCUGGGUGUCCAUCCUGGACACCUCCCGGCAGCUCCCGCUGUGCACCUACCCCGAGGCCGGCAGCAAGCACCGCGCCACCGCGCUCUGGCAGGCCCACGACAACGCGGUGUUCGACCUGGCCUGGCUCAACGAGGACCGGUGGAUGCUCACGGCGUCCGGCGACCAGUUCGUGCGGCUAUGGGACACGGACCGCGCGGCGCCGCUCGCAGCCUUCAAGGGGCACAUGGGCAGCGUCAAGGCGGUGUCCGUGCAGCACGCGUGCCCGCACGUGUUCGCGUCCGGCGCCCGCGACGGCCGCCUGUGCAUCUUCGACGAGCGCUCCCCGCUCCGCGACGCCUCGACAACGCCGCGCGUCAGCAUCGCGGGACCGGCCGUGCGCGGCGCAACGGAGGCGCUCCUGCCCGUGCGGUGGGUCGACGACGCGCACCGCCUCUCGCACGCCCGGAAACGCCGCCGCGGGAUCGGGAUCGCGCCGGAAUCCAAGCAGUCGGUGACGGCGUGCGCCUUCCUGCAUGACGACCGCACGCUCCUCACGGGCGGCGCGGACGGCACCGUGCGGUCGUGGGACACGCGGAUGCUGUGCGCGCCGACCGCGACGGCGGACGUCGGCGCGAUGGACUGCUGCUCUCCGCACCCGCUGGGCGCCGCGAGCCCUAACAUGGGAGCGCAGACCCCGGCGCCGCGGAAGCGCGGGGGCCGGCGGGCGCCCGGGUCCGCGGGGGCGCCCGCGGCGCACCUCCUGCUCCAGGACGGGGUCGUGCAGUGCAGGGCGAGCGCUGGGCGCGUGCACGGCGUGACUGCAGUGGCGCUCGACCCGUGCAGCUCCCGCAUCGCCGCGUCCGUGUCGGACGGCCGCAUCCUGGUGCUGGAGGGCGGGAACCUCGCGGGCGGGACGCAGUGCACGCUGACGGGCCACACGCCGAGCAGCUACUACGUGAAGUGCGCGUGGUCGCCCGACGGGCGGCACCUCUUGUCGGGGUCGGGGGACUCGCUGCUGCACGUGUUCGACACGCGGCAGCCGUGGGCGCCGCCCGUCGCGCUCGCGGGGCACCACUCCGCGGUCGAGUGCGUCGACUGGUGCAAGCACGACGUCGGCCAGGUGGCGUCAAGCAGCGAAGACGGCGUGGUGCGCGUGUGGUCGAUACGCCGCGUGGGCGAGGCGCACCGCGCGGGCCGCGUGAAGGCCCCUGCGGCGAAGGCGCCGGCGCACGCCGCGCGGGGGUCGGACCCGGCGGCGGCGGUGGUUGCGGCGGUGGAGGGCGCGCGGGCGGCGGCGGGGCGGACGGAGGUGGCGUGGCCGGGCAGCGCGUCGCCGGGGGGCGGGAGCAGCAUGGAGGUGUGCAGUCCGCCGCAGCCGGGCGCGGCGCUGACGGCCGCGGUCGCGAUGGCGUCGGCGGCGGACGGCGGCAGCGACCCGUUCGAGCCGCGCGCGAAAGCGGGGCCGCAGAAGUGGGCCGCGGAGACGCCGCGGUCCGUGCUGUACGGCGCGAACGAGGCGAUCCGCGCGGCGGUGCGGUCGCCGCUCGCGGGGCAGCGGCUGCCGUUCCCGGCGCCGGCGGAGGGGUUUGGGACCUGCUGCGGGAACACCCCCGGGGGGGUGUUUGGGUCCAAGGUGCACGCGAUGCGGCAGCCCAGUCUGGUGGACUGCCUCGCGAUGCGUGGCUCGGGCAGCGGGGUGGUGCGGAGGGGCGUCGCGGGGGACGUCGGGGGGGGUGUCGACAGCGCUAUGUGCACAAGCAGUCCAACACAGUGCGCGGGCGCGGCGGAGAAGUCGCCAGGAGGGGACGCGAUGCAGAGCCCGCCUUGGGGCCGCAAGAAGCAGCAGCGCACGAUCGGCGAUUUCUUCAGCUAG